CAUAUUUGUAAUCCAGUCUCCUUUACCAUAAAUUUGUUACUUUUAUCUUAGGUGGUAGGUAGGUAUUAUACGACUAUAUCAUGAUGGUAGCCUAUGUACCUAGGUAUCAAGUCACAGUAGGUAGAACGCUAUACGCCAGUAGAAUGUCUUGUGGCUAAGUGUGAGUGAGCGUUAUACGCUGUGUGACCUCGAAUCAGGAUACAACACAUAGAUACGCUGUUCUAGAAGGCUGGCGUCAUUCAUUCCGUCGUGAGAGCGCGGCGCAUAGCAAGACAUUGUGAAAUGUGAACGGCCACCCACUGCUUUCUGCACCCAGCUCUAUCUACUAAUUUACUUGAAAGUAGUGGCUAUGAACAGUUACAGUACUGACUUCUCUGCCAAUCAAUGUUAUUUCUUACUACGCAACUUCUAAUUUGUGAAUUUUGGAGAUAAAUUUCCAAUGCUUAUUGUCUCGGCGAAUAUUAGGAACAUCAUUACAAUGGCUGACACUGCAGCGAAUAUAGAUGACUUGGAAGAUGGGGAGAUUGAGAGCGACGCCGAAGAUGUCCAAGAGGCUACACACGAUGAGAAAAAAGAAGACUUACCUACUCAAUUAGAUGAUAACAAACAAUCUGAAGACAAAUUUGAACCACAAGACUCGUAUUAUCCAAAACAAGGUAAGAAAAAAAAGAAAUCUCGCAAAGGUGAACAAAAAUUUAAGGAUAAAAACAAGAAAAAUCGUAAAUAUCUUGUUACAAAUGAAGAAGAUUUUGCGGGAGAUGUUGAAAAAGCUAUUAGAAAACAAAUGAAUAAAAAUGAAGAUGAAGAAGAAAUGCCGUUUGAGGAAGGAGAGGAUAGAAAAAAACGCAGGAAAAGAAAAAAAUAUGAUGGUAUUGACGGACCUAAUAAAAAGCGUAAAAAACAAGCAUAUUCCGAUGAAAUGGACGAAAGUGAGAUGAUGUGUGUCAGAGGAGCUUCUCCAGUUAACAGAGAAUCUGAUAUGGGUGUGUAUGGCGAUGACGAUAGAGAUUCAUAUGCAUCUGAUAGUAGCCAUGAAGAAAGGAAUCUUCAACAUCCCCAGCAAAGAAGGAGGCCGCCUCAGAGAGACCGAAAUAAAAAUAAUAAAAACGAUAGAAGAAGAGGUGCUCAUCCUAUGCAAGACCCGGACGGUGUCUGUGUAUACUUUAUGCAAGGUAAAUGUCAUAAGGGCGACGACUGCAUAUUUUCACAUGACGCACUACCUCCUCGUAAAAUGGAGCUGUGCAAAUUUUAUCUUAUGGAUUGUUGCGCCAAAAGAGACAAGUGUCUUUACAUGCAUGCUGAUUUUCCCUGUAAAUAUUACCAUACCGGUCUUCCAUGUAUUUAUAAAGAUGAAUGUAAAUUUGCACACGGAAAACCCUUAAACGAAAAUUUGAAAAAUAUUCUUUUGAAACAUAUUGAAUCUGCACCUAAAGAAAUACUGGGUGAUUUCCCAAGACUAAACAGAGAAGGUGCCCUUAAAAUGAUGCAGCAAACUCAAGCAAAACUCAUACAACAAUUUUCAGAAAAUAAUGACAGCCAAGAAAAAAAUAUUCCGUCUCUAUUCGAAAUUAAUAUACCAAACAUGCAGAAUACGACAGACUCGCCCCAAUUCAACCAAAGUAAGAUUUCGCCUAAGGUGCGUCAAUCUAGGUGGCAAAACGAUAAGUCAAAUCAAAAUUUUAAUGUUUCACCUAAUAGUAAUGCAAAUGCGGGUACGAAUGUCCUCAGUAUUAAAAAUUUGACUGGAGUUUUAACACCUAGACAAAUAUCUGACCUGACUAAAAUGGGCGUCGAAACUUUAGAUCAAUUAGGGCAAUUGACUGUAAUGCAUUUAAACAGCAUUGGAAUUUCACUUAAGCAAAUAACAGAAAUACAGCUAAACACAAUGAGUAUUCAAAAACUAGGGCUCAUAAAUUCAAAUGCUGAACAACAAUCUUCAUCGUUUUUGGGAGCCGUGUCUAGUAAUAAAGAUCUGGACCUAAGAGUUCCGCCCGUCGCUCCGCCGCUUAAUAACUUACCUGUACCAGACUUACCCGGGAAAGACGUUGACAUGAGGUUUCAACCAUCUGUCCCAAUCCCGAAAAAUGAGGACAGUUUGAGUAGUAAAAUGGAAUUGAAAACUGAUUUAAAACCAAACAAAGACAUGAUUGACAUAGACCAGUAUACAAAAGAUGCCUUAAAAUUCAAAGAUAAAGAAAACGUCGACGUUUCUAAUGAAACGUAUGAUAGUGAUAAGUCUGUGAUCCCGAACGAAUCUAAGGAUGUCGAUCAUAGAGUGCUUCCUUUUACUGAUGACAGUUCAAGAAAUACUCAUUUUGAAGAAAGUUCCAUUUCAAAAGAGUGCGAUGUAGACAUAAGGUUUCUUCAGCCGGAACCAAUAUUUAAGUAUCCUGAAAAAAGACAUCGCCGAUCAACUACGGACGAUGAAGAUAAUAAUUUAUUAAUAGAUGAGAAGUGGUACUCUAGCGAUGAGGAAAAAGGUCCCAAAAAGAAGUCACCGGCUUCGUCACCUCAGACAUCACUUUCUCCACAGGCGCCAGCACCACGUGUUAUAGAACCAUCAGCUGUUUUAAGUAAAAUCGGAGAUCUUUCUAAAAUUGAUAUAAGCGAAGAUGUCACCAAAUUAUUAAAUACUAUGCGGAAUAACUUACAAGAAAAUAAAGUACAAGAAAACAAAGUUGAACCUAAUAUCGAAGCCAUUAGUUCUCCAAAGUCUAGAGACCCUAGAUCUCGACGCUCUCCAGAUAAACCAAAUGAGGCAGUAAAACCAGCGAAAAAAAUACCGCGAGUGUCAAUUUAUGAAUGCGUAGAUGGGGAGCCAACCGAUGGACGGCGUAGGUCAGACGUAGAUCUGAGACAAACUGACUUUAAUCUUCCUGCUUUCGGAGAUACGGAUUUACGACAGGGAACUAGUGGAGACAUUGACUUUCGUUUAGGUUUACCCUUCAAAGCAAUACCCAAUUAUACUCCAGCGUCCGAAAUAGAUGGCUCAAUCAAUAGCCACCCACAUAUAACGUAUAAACUAGUGCCUAUAGACAUUCCCAGGCCAGAUUAUACAGACAUUAGAAACAGUACUGCUAAGUCACAAGCAUUACUAGAUCCUAGGUUAAGGAAAGUGUUUAGGUUAUCAUUGGACGAGUCGAACAGUGACAGUGAGAAAUCUGUUAAGGCUGUACCGGUCGCAACGGGCCCAAGGACGGAUCCUCGAAGAAAACCUAAAGAAAAUAGCGACGGCAUUUCCUUAGAACAAAAACCUAAUACUCUCGAUAUGCAAACGAUAUUACAAAAUUCUAACUGGUAUAAAGAUUUGAGUUCCACUCAAAAAAUAUUUGUCAAUCAACAUUUAGCGCCUGUUACACAAAUGGUGAAACAGUUUCAGCAAGAUAAAACAAGUGGCAAAACAUUUGACCUUAGUAUAGUACAAAGUAAUAGUAUGUUAUGUAGUAUCUUCACUAAUCUGGGUAUCACUUUAGGUGAAAAUGGCGAGUUUUCGUAUUUACCUAAGCCUAAAGAAGCUCUACUCAAGACUCCAUUAAAUUAUCAAAAUUCCAAUCCCUUUGGUAUAAACACUAAUAUACCGGGGGGCGCCACAGAUCCUAGUAUGAAUUUAAUGAAUCUACCGCCGAUGAAUAUGGGCGGUGCAAUGAAUAUUGGACACAUGCAAAAUUUCAAUCAGCCUUUUUCGGAUCCACGUGGGGGCCCCGGCCCUGCGCCGGGUCUUUUAGGUAUAGCACCAAAUAUUCCACAUCAUUUUAACAAUAAUUUUGGAAACAUGGGUUUCAAUGGACCUGGUAAUGAUUACAACUACGAUGGGGAACAAAAUUACCAGAGGUUCCCAAAUAGGGGAGGGCAUAGAGGACGUGGUAACGAUCGGUGGAAUCGUGGGGGUUCGGGACGGGGUAAUAGAGAUCGUAAGAAUUACAACGAUAGAGGUAGUUGGAAACAUUAAGUAUAUUAAACAAGUCAUUAACAGUAACGUUACUAUGGCAAUUAAAUUAUUUUUACUUAUAAGUAACCCACCCUUCCGCAAAAUGUAAAUUGUGAUUACGGUGAUUAUGAUGACAGACUAAUUGUACAGUUUAUUUUUAUAUUUUUAUGAAAGCAAGAUGGAUCAUUCGAUAUUUAAGGGUUUUGUAGGAAUUGUAAAUAUUCGAAUACAUGUAAUGUAGUUGGCAGGUUCUAGAGAACAGUAAUAUCAUUAAUGUAAUUAUGUCCUAUUAAUCAUUGAAUUAAGGUUUCUAUCGUAGCAAGAACUCAUUGCUUAAGAGCCAAAUUGUUUAAGACUGAGUGGUAGAAUAUGGUGUGAAUUGUUUUGUUUCUGUUUCGAGUGAAUAAUUCCAUGAAGUUAAGCCUGUAUUCUUUAUUAUGAAUGGUUCUUAUUUGUUACGAUUCCGUUAAACAGUCUUAGAUUUUUGUAAUUUGUAAUUCAGUGUUUAUUCUUGUCGCCGUCACUAAUUUUACCAUUUGUGUAUUUUGGUUAAAGGAACAUUAAAAGUAUGACAAGCGAAAAGCAAUAAUAUAAUGUUUUACAUAAAUCUAAACUAUACAAGUUUACUCUGUAGGUAGAAUUUGCCGUAUUUUGUAAAUUAAGUGUAGCGAUGGGAGAGAACGAGCCUACUCAAAAUAAAUUGUUUAUAUUUGA